AUGGGCGACCUUCCGGCAGCACGUUGCACUGUAACAUUCCCGUUCAUGCACACCGGCGUCGAUUACGCUGGACCAUUCAAUAUACGAGCAACCAAGGGGCGGGGACACAAGAGUUAUAAAGGUUACGUGGCAUUGUUCGUUUGUUUGGCCAGUAAAGGCAUUCAUCUUGAGUUGGUAAGCGACAUGACAACUCAAUCAUUUAUUCAUGCAUUAGAACGUUUUGUAGCUGCACGUGGCAUCUGCUCAGACAUGUAUAGCGACAGAGGUACUACCUUUGUUGGUGCUGACGCGCUCACGAAAGAAGAACUUAAAGAAUUUCGGAAGCAGUUGGACGCCGCGGCUAGCUAUGCCUCACGGACUGGUAUAAACUGGCACUUCAUACCCCCAGGAGCUCCAAACUUUGGCGGGCUUUGGGAAGCCGGCGUUAAAAGCAUGAAAGCCUUGUUAAAACGCACAAUCAACACUACAACACUCACCUUUGAAGAAUUUUACACAGUGCUCAAGCGAGUCGAAUCGUGUCUAAACUCUAGACCACUUACGGCACUCACAGAUGAUCCUACGGAUUUCGCUGCGUUGACACCAGGGCACAUGUUAAUUGGACGCGCUCUUACCAGCGUGCCAGAACCUAAUCUUCUCGAUACAAAGAGUGGUGUUUUGUACCGCUGGAAACAACUUAGCCAGAUAUAUCAAGACUUCUGGAGCAGAUGGUCUGUAGAGUAUUUACAUCAUUUGCAAGUUCGCUCCAAAUGGCAUAAACAAGAACCGAAUGUCAAGGUUGGAGAACUUGUGCUUGUUAGAGAUGAAAAAGCACCCCUACUCAAUGGAAACUGGCUCGAAUUACAGACACCCAUCCGGGCUCUGAUGGACUUGUUCGCGUCGUGA